AUGGGAGCGUGGAGGCCAUCGCUCAGCUGUGCCAGCUCCGGCAGAAGAGCCUGGCCCAACCUUGCGCCGGUGGAGGCCCCGGCACCGCAGCCGCCCACGCCAGGCGGCACAGGGGGACCCGCCACAGCCCGGCUGCCACGCGUCAGCUCCAGCCCCGUGAAGCCGGUUUUCUGCCCAGCCGCUGGCCUGUGGCUCACCCCGUGCCACAAUGCCACUAAGCCCUCUGCGGCGGUGGUGCGUGAACGUCGACCCACAGCCCUGGGCCACGCGUGUCGGCAGGGGCCGGGGUCUGCCCAAACCCUACGGCCGUGGGGCACCGCCAACGCCCCACGGCCCAGCAAGGCCUCGGGCACGGGAGCUGCGAGAGCCCUCGUUCAGGAAGAGUGGGAUUUGAGAAAUGGUAGUGUUCGUCGUUGCAUUAAAAUGCAGUUUUUGCUUGACUGCCAGUUUUAUCACAAAACUAUAAAAAUGGAAAUACGAGGAACUUCAUAUUGUCGUAUGCAGCACUGGAGCUGCACACAACUUUCUGUGCUUGUGGGUCACAAGCACAUGGAGAAAACCGACAUAGAAGGGACCUUAUUUGUGUACAAAAGGUCAGCUUCUCCUUAUCAUGGUUUUACGAUAGUGAAUCGACUGAACAUGCACAACCUGGUUGAACCAGUAAAUAAAGAUUUGGAAUUUCAGCUCCAUGAACCUUUUCUUCUCUACAGAAAUGCUAGCUUGUCUAUUUACAGUAUCUGGUUUUACGACAAGAAUGACUGUCAUCGAAUAGCAAAGCUCAUGGCUAAAGUGGUAGAACAAGAAGCUCAGAGAUCACAGCAAGUUUCCCAGGACAGAAAAAGUCCCAGCAGAACCAAUGGCUGCAAGGAAAACAGGCCCAUUGACAUCCUGGAAAUGCUUAGUAAAGCCAAGGAUGAAUACGAACGAAAUCAGAUUAGUGACUUAAGUAUAAUAUCAAGUUCUGGAAUGCAACAAAAUGCAAAUCCUUCAAAGCCAGAAAGCACAGAGCCUUCAGAACAAAAAACUUCAGUACAAGUGCAAGAGCAGCCAUUUCAGUCAAGGCAGAAGCAUCUGACUUUGGAGGAACUGUUUGGAACCUCUGUACCAAAGGAACAGCUUGCAGCUCCGUAUCCCAAUCCAGAGAAAAUGGAGAAGUUGCAGACUGACACCUCUGCCAGAGAGCAGCAUAAUUUGCUCUUGCCUUUUUCCUUUGACCAGUCAACAGUAAUACAACAGCCACUAGGGAAAUCUGAAAGUCCAAGUGUUAAAAGCAGUGCCAAUCCUUUGAAUCACCAGGAAUGUAUAACACCUAUGCUAAUACCUCCAGCUUCAGUUUCCCAGCCUGAUAUAAAAAAUGUUUCAAGCUAUUCAGUUCGUUUAAGCCCUAUUCUUAAUUCAGCCUCGACAAUGGAAGCUGCCCCUGCUCAGAUGCUUCCUGGCCUAAAACAAAACAACAGUAUAAUGCAAGUUAUGCAGCAAGCUGCCAAGCAGAUAUCCCCACUAGUGAAUCAGCCGCCAUCUGAAGUGAACCAUGCUCCACAAAAUCUAAUGGCUGGCCAAAGCCAGCUUAUAGCACCCUUGACAUCAACAAAUACAGGAACUGUCUCAAAUACAUCCCAUACAAGUGUUGAUCUUCUCCAGAAACUCAGGUUGACCCCACAGCAUGACCAAAUGCAACAGCAGUCUCUGACUAAGACUUCCUUAACACCAAACAUCUCUGCCUCGGUUGGCCAACUUGCAACACCAGAAAGCUUCAAAGAAUCUCACAGUAAGCCAUCAACCUUGAACAGCAAGAUAAUCUCUCCCCUUCAGACUGUACAACAAAACAAGGAAACAGAAGUAUUUCCUCAGCCAAAGACUUCGUCUAAAGCAAGUCAAGUUGCACCUCCGCAGUUUGUUACAGCCACAACUACAGUAACGCCUUCAAUCCUCUUGUCUCCUAGUGUUUUUCAGCAAUCAUCUACAAAAGCUACUGAAGUGGAGAAUAAAGCCAAUUCUUCUUCGCCUUUAACACUUGGAACAACAGAAAUUCAGACUAUACCUCCUACUGUUCUCAGUAGGUCUCAGCUUCAAGAAGCACUGAUACAUCUAAUAAAGAAUGAUUCCCAUUUUCUCAGCACUAUUCAUGAAGUCUACUUGCAAGUCCUAACCAAGAAUACAGACAACAUUAAACUAUAA